AUGUUAAACGAUUCACCCGAUCGACAGACAAAACAAAUGUUGAUAACCUUUCAAGAAUAUAAUCAUCUGCCAGUAACCGGUGAAUUGGACAACAAAACAGUGAAACUCAUGAAUACUCCAAGGUGUGGAAUGCAAGACAAACCUACACCACACGGAAUGCCACUGGCAUUUUCAGGAGGAAUUAUCACACAUGCUUGGUAUCCACCUGAUGGGAGACUCCAUUUUGACGAUGCUGAGGCUUGGGAUGUUGGUGGAAAUGGCGCAAAUCUUUUCCCAAUCUGCGCACAUGCAAUAGGACAUAUUUUAGGAUUGGGUCAUUCAAAUGUUCCAGGAUCUAUGAUGUAUCCAUGGGACCCUGCUACGGGAAAUCCAGCUGCCACUCUUUCACCAGACGAUCUUGCAGGAAUACAAAGCUCAUUCGGACCAGAAGUUCCGACUACAACCCAGUUACUCUGA